AUGCGCAAGCGUAUGCAUAUUGAUAACGCCAUCGAGUUUCUGCGAGGUAGAGUUUACCUCGGAUCCUACGAUCACACCCCGCAGGAUACAGAAGAAAUCGUAUUUUUCACGGUGGAAGACAUAUUGUUCUACAAUCGCUUUCAUUUAGAUUUUGGACCAUUACAUAUCGGACAUCUGUAUCGAUUUGCCGUGAUAUUCCACGAGAUCUUGAAUGAUCCUGAGAAUUCGGGUAAAGCCGUGGUCUUCUAUUCAUCUACUUCGACUCGACAAAGAGCAAAUGCAGCGUGCAUGCUGUGCUGCUAUAUGCUUCUGGUUCAAGGAUGGACACCACAUCAAGUGAUGCAACCACUGGCACAGGUCGAUCCACCUUUCAUGCCUUUUCGAGAUGCCGGCUAUUCAAACGCUGAUUUCGAAAUCACGAUACAAGAUGUCGUCUUUGGCGUUUGGAGAGCCAAAGAAAAGGGACUGAUAAAUCUAAACGCAUUUGACCUAGAGUCUUAUGAAAAGUACGAAAGAGUGGAAAACGGUGACUUCAACGUGUUGACACCGGAUUUCAUUGCUUUUGCAUCGCCCGAGGAGGACCUACAGCAUAGGACAACUAGUUCAAAAUCGCAUUUGAAUAGCUCCUUCCGCUCGGUGCUAAAAUUUUUUUCAGAAAACAAUGUGCAAUUGGUUGUCAGGCUCAAUUCGCACCUUUAUAACAAAAAGCAUUUCGAAGAUCUCGGCAUAGAGCACGUAGAUCUCAUUUUUGAAGAUGGGUCCUGCCCAGAUAUGUCGAUAGUCCACAACUUUGUGGGUGCUGCCGAAACAAUUAUAAGACAGGGUGGAAAAAUCGCAGUGCACUGUAAGGCAGGUCUUGGAAGAACUGGCUGUUUGAUUGGCGCCCAUCUCAUCUAUACCCACGGACUAACGGCAAAUGAAUGCAUUGGACUUUUACGAUUUAUCAGGCCCGGUAUGGUCGUUGGCCCUCAGCAACAUUGGCUCUAUUUAAAUCAGCAUACUUUCAGAGAAUGGAAAUACACAAUGAAGCUCGGCCUAGAACCAAGCGACGUUAUUGGAGACCUUUUCCCUUUGGUCACUGCCGAAGAAUAUCGACGCCAAAAGAAGGUCAGAAAGACAAACAAAAAGAACAUGGAAUACAAUGCUAGCGACUAUACCGUUGAAGACCAUACUGUUACACCACCCGGCUCUGCGCAAAGGGAACUAAAGCAUGCCAAGAAUGCCGUACCGCAAAGCUCACCUGGCCAGCCGCGAAAGGGCCAAAAUGGAAGCAACAGAGUCGAGACUGGUAGGCCUCAGAGGGAACGGCCGGUGGAUAACAAUAGCGAUGAUGAAUCUAUGCAGGUUGAUAGCAGUCAAGGCAGCGCCAAUAGACGGAGUCGUCUAACUUCCCCAGAGGAUGAUGUCGUUCUUCGCCAGUUGCCGCCGAAAAAUAAGCGUGCCGUUUCUAGUGGAAAUGGCAGAAGAUCUGCCAGCGGGGCAGGGGUACGGAAAGUUUCCGGGACCACGAAAAGAUGA